UUACCAGCAAAUGCCCUCUUCUUUAGAGGCAAUGAUUCAAAACAUGAUACAAGCGGGUAUUCCACAAGCACAAAUGAUGCAAUUAUUGCAGACAAUGCAGGCUACAGCCACUAAUAACAACAAUAUUUCUUCUCCGGCAAUUAACGGCACAACUAACUCCGCCACUAACAGUUCAAGUGGCGGAGGUCACCAAACUGUUAAUCAAGCCCAUCAACAUUUUUCAUUAGCUAAUAAUCAACAUCAACAAACUGCCAGUCAAUCCGCAGUAGUAGCAUCUAGUGGCGGUGGAAAUGGAGGAUCUACUGCGGCAGUAAAUACGGCAGGUGCACAUCAAGUUGCUGCUGCCGCCGCUGCAAGUCUUCAGUUUUAAUUGACAUUUUCUAAUACAAAACUAGGAUUCGUCCUUUAACUGAAAAAAACCAACACUCGCAUUUUUGAAAUUGAAAAUAUCCUUUAUUUAUGCCCUUAGAAUUGGCAAUUUAGUAUUUAAGAAGUCCCAUUUAAAAAGUUUUGGAUUCCUGGCCUUCAGAAAUUAAAAAAAAAUUUUGCCUGCUUCGCUAAAAAGAAAUAUACUUGGGAGAGAAGUACUUUUUUUAUCAACCCGAAUAAGGCCUGCAAGGUCUCAAUACUUUGAAUAAUGUUUAGUGGUUCAAAAGAAUAAAAGUGCCAUUUAACAUUGUU